AUGGAAGCUCUGAAGCGAAUAAAACUGUUGCCAAUAGUGUUUUCUUUAAUUAUUAAAAUUUUCACAAUCACGUGUGUCACAUCAACAGCAAUUUCGAAUGUCAAUUUUGUGUUUGAAGUGUUUAGUCAGAAAUCCUUAGUUAGAUUCUUCGAGUUCAAUGACAUUGGUUGGAAUAUAUCGCAAAGUUGCGUUCAAAAUUUGUACUCUUAUUUAGAUGCUCUUCAAAAAGAUUUGAAAUGGGCAUACAAACUGUUGGAUUCAUCGGGCAAUUAUGCAGGCGGUUUAUUUUAUGGACAACACUUAAGACCGGCCAAUCCUGAGCAAUGCAAUGAAAUCAACAAGGAACUUAAUUCAAUCAUAUCUGAUAACACUAACUACGAAUCAGUGAACACUUUAAGCAUAGUUCCAUUUUUUGUUCAUCUAGUCAAUGCAAAAUAUUCAACUUAUGUUGACGAUCAAGAAGGAAAUGUAAUCAUCGUCAAUUUAUUCCAGAGACAAGAAAUACAACAAACGGUUUGCAUGCCGGCUUCAUGCACCUAUGAAGAUUUGAUGCAAAUAAUGUCUUACACUUCACUCCUACCUCAUCAACUUCUCAAGGAUACUGAGUUAAGCGAUUGCUUCCGUGAUAUUGGUUUUUACGAUUUCGAUUUCAUCUUACGAAUGUUAUUACCGGUCGAAAAUGAAAGUCUUAAAACAUGA